CUACGGUACUCUCGGAAGGCUCCUCGGACUCAUUGGCACUCAAGCCGUGGGUCCGCCACAGCCAAGUAAAAAUGCUUGUGAGACACAGGCGUUGAGGUGACGCCGCGAACGAGCCCGUUCCACGCAACUUUGCCCGAGGCUCUGCCAGUUGAGAGGAGACCGCUCGCGGCUUAGUUUGGCUCACCUGCGCUCGCGCGGUGGCGGGAGGAUCAGCCUGCCGUAGCCUGUUAGCUCACGAGCUAGCUAGUGGCUAGAGCUUCGUAGUGGCGUGGAGAGCCCCGCGACGCCGCCGCAUUAGAGCGCGACGCGACUGGAUGUACUGAAUCCCAGCCACCGGAGGAUUUUAGUGGAUGUAUUUUCUAGAUUUUGCCUGUUUUCUGCAUUGUUUCCAGCGUCCCCAUCGAGUUAGCCGCUAGUGUCACAAUAGCUAACCAGCCAAUCCAGCUUGUGUCCUGUCCGCCUGGUGGUUGCUGUCGCCCCCGUCAAGGUGGACGCUAUCACUCGCACGACGUGUCCGAAAGUGUCGGGGUCGUGCGGGCGUUCGUUACCAGAUGCCGAGAGCCCGAAAAAGCUCCGCGGUGGAGGAGAGAAGACAGAAGAUAAACAGAUAGAACUUCACUUCGGGUGCGAGUGUUUUUUCUAGUUUCCAUUGAGCGCCAUUGUUGGCUGGACUCAUUGAAAAUAAAAGGAUGAAGAAGUUUUCCAGGAUGCCAAAGUCUGAGAGCGGAGGCGGCGGGGCCCCCGGGGGAGCCUCCGGUUCGGGCUCGGGGCUCAGCAGCUACUUCGGCAAAGUUUUUGCCGUAGGACGAUAUCAAGUCACCGUUGAAGAGCUGGUAGCGGAGGGAGGAUUCUCUGUGGUAUUCUUGGCCCGUACGCACAGCGGCGUACGCUGUGCUCUUAAGCGCAUGUACGUCAACAACGUUCCCGACCUCAACGUCCAUAAGAGGGAGAUUACUAUCAUGAAGGAGCUCUCGGGCCACAAGAACAUCGUGGGCUACCUUGACUCUGCAGUCAACACCGUAUCAGAUAGCGUUUGGGAGGUCCUCAUCCUCAUGGAGUAUUGCAAAGCGGGCCAGGUGGUGAAGCAGAUGAACCAGCGUUUGAAUGUGGGUUUCAGUGAGGCCGAGGUUCUGCAUAUCUUCUGUGACACAUGCGAGGCAGUGGCGCGGCUCCAUCAGUGCAAGACCCCAGUCAUUCACCGGGACCUCAAGGUGGAGAACAUCCUGCUGAAUGAUCAUGGAAGCUAUGUGUUGUGUGACUUUGGCAGCGCCACCCACAAAAUUCUGCAGCCCCACAAAGAUGGUGUGACCGCUGUGGAGGACGAGAUAAAGAAGUACACGACACUCUCGUACCGGGCCCCAGAGAUGAUUAACUUGUAUGCAGGGAAAGUCAUCACCACUAAGGCUGAUAUAUGGGCAUUGGGGUGCUUGUUGUACAAGCUGUGUUUCUUCACGCUCCCAUUCGGGGAGAGUCAAGUUGCCAUAUGCGACGGAACCUUUAUUGUUCCUGACAACUCCAAGUUCUCCCUCAAAUUGCACUGUUUAAUCCGCUAUAUGCUCGAACCAGACCAAGAGAAAAGACCAGACAUCUACCAAGUGUCCUACUUUGCCUUUAAAUUUGCCGGAAGGGACUGUCCUGUGCCAAAUAUCUUUAGUUCUUCCAUCCCCACGUCAUUACCAGAGCCUCUAACAGCCAGUGAGGCGGCCGCCAAGAAGAGUAUGACGAAAGCAAGAAUACGAGACUCCGUGGGCCCAACGGAGACCUCCAUAGCUCCCAGACAGAGGCCGAAGGCGGCAAAUAGUAACAUUCUGCCGCUCGCUACUGUCACACCUGUCAAGAUGACCGUGGUGCCUUCAGCUUCUGUCAGCAAUGGUCAGAAAGCUCCUACUGCUGGUAAUGGACAAACAACCGCGCAAGCACAGCCUGGCAGUCAGCAGCACAGAGUCCUGCAGCAGCUGCAGCCAGGCGACCUGCGCCUUCAGCAGUUCCACCACCAACAGCAGCAGCAGCAACAGCAAGCACUACAGCAGCAACACAUUAACGCACAACAACUUCAAUACCUUCAGUACCAACAAGCUGUGCAGCAGUCCAUCCAGCUACAGCAGCAACAGCAGCAGCAGGCUAUACUUCAGCAGCAACAGCAGCAGCAGAUGAUGAUGAUGCAGCAGCAGCCAAUGUAUCAAGAGAGAGUUGCUCAGGCUGCUCAGGCGCAGUAUGCUGCCAUGCUGCAGCAGUACCAACAGGCUUUUGCACACCAACAACAACAACAACAGCAGCAGCAGCAACAUCAUCAUCCCGCCUACAUGUCCUCACCUCUGGAGUUCCAGGCGCCUCUGAGCUCCUACAACGCCACCACGCCCACUGCAGGGACGGCUCACAUAGGGGCACCCUCUCCUGCGGAGCCAUCCUAUUCUCACCCCAGAACGCCCAUGCUGGCCUCGGAUGCCAUUUCCCCUCACUGUCAGAGUGUGAGCCACCCCCCGGACAUGUCGCGCUGGAAUCCCUUUGGCGAGGACAACUUCUCCAAGUUGACUGAGGAGGAGCUGAUCGACCGUGAAUUCGACAUGCUCAGAGCAAACAAACCUGUGGAGAGAGCGGCCAGCGUGGAGACCGGACGACCCCCGCCCAUCUCUGCCAAGUCCCUGCCGACCGAGGACCUUUUCGGCUCGGUGCCAUUUGUGGCCAGUGCAGAUUCAGACACAACAGUGGGUAAUCUGACGACAUCUGAAGUUGUUGUUCCUGUUGCUGCAUCCCAAGACGAUCACUUGCCACUUAUGGCAGGAAAGGAGCACAAGUCCCUGAGGAGGGGCAAUGGUCGGCCUGGCGACGACUCUGACAGCGACUUUGAGUCCGACCCACCUUCGCCUAAAAGCAGCGAGGAGGAGGAGGAAGAACCCGAGGAGCCCGAGGAAGACGAAGGCCCAAUUAGUGAACACGGCGAUGACACAGAGCCGGAGAAUGUGGGCCAGCGACCUCUCUUGAUGGAGUCUGAAGAAGACUGCGAAGAUGAAGACAAGCGCAGUUCAGACUCUGACGACAAGGAAAAGAAUCUAGCUAAGAAGGAAAGUACCACCAAGCAAGGGCACAGAGGCCACUCUGAUCUUGUUCCGGUGGGUUUUCAACAGCCCCUCGCCUCAGUAGAUAUCUUUGGGUCCACUCCCUUCCUUGGCGGAGACUCCCCAGUGGGAGAUAUCUUCGCCAAAGCACCUUUCCGUCAAGUAAGCCUCGACCAGCCACCCGCUGAUGAUUUCGACGUCUUCACCAAAGCUCCGUUCAGUCGAAAUCCCUCCAAAAAUGCCAGUGAACAGACACCGCCUAUUUCCCCCGAGGGCGUAGACAUCUUUGGCUUCGGCCCCUUCCAGCCGGGCAUUCCAUUUCAUACCACGUCCAGGAGCGCCGAGGACAUCUUCCUACCGUCUACUGAGGACUCACCGCAGCAACAGAGGCUGAAACAACGCAGCCUUCAGAAGUUGUCAUCACGCCAGAGGAAAACCAAGCAGGAAGUCACUGGGACAGGCGGCGGAAAGCGACACCAUGGCACCCCGACGGGCGUACGGAAGACUGGGAAACCCGUCAAGCCGACUUUCCGUACCCCUGAGCGAGUCCGCCGACACAAGAAAGUGGGCCGUCGGGACUCGCAGAGUAGCAACGAGUUCCUGAGUGACUCUAAAGAGAACAUCAGCGUGGACGUCACCAUUGCAGAAGGGAAGGACAACAGUGCCCAACACCAGAAGGAUGAGAUUCUGGACCCCUUUGGAGCCAAACCUUUCCACCCUCAAGACGGAGGACGGAACGGAGGAGCAUACCUCCAUGAAAGCAAGAGUGACCUGGGUACAUCACCAGCUCUUCACGGUGAUUGUAAUACCACAGAUGAUUUCGGGGCGGUGCCUUUCACGGAGGUGGUGGUCCCCUGUGGACCUCAGCAGCAGCCGGUGGAACUGGACCCCUUUGGUGCUGCGCCGUUUCCAUCCAAGCCGUGAUUCGCUCCUGUCAGUCUUCCAAUACAACCGUUCGUUCUUGCGUAGCCCGUUGCAUUCUUGUUCAGUCGCUGCCAUAGGCGGAGAUUGAGGAAAGGCAGGGGACAGUGCCCCCAGGUGGUUGAGAAAUGUCAUUGCAUGUAAUUGACUUUCAAUGAAUUUAAAUUAGAAGUUCAGAAUUUUUGACAUAAGGCUUAGUCGUCGAGUUAGAGGGGGUUUAAUUAGUCUGUGGACUUCAUUUCAACAAUUUCUCUGCAGUUUGUUAGUUUGAGGGCUCCGCAGUGGCUAGGCUGGUACGAUCUAAUGGUGCCUGCUUAGCAUAUAUUUGCACGCAUGAGAAUCACUGAUGACCUAUGCAAUCAAUAUUGUUGACUAUAAUUUCAGGAUAAAGUUAUUAAAAUUUACCAUUACAUGUCAAUCAUUGUAGUAUGAAGAGUAACAUUUGUAAUCCAGCAGCUCUGCAUGAACGCGGCUGUCUAGGCAAGCAGGGCGGAGUGAUAUCACAUCGUUUUUUUUUUCACCUGUUUUUUUUGUUUUGUGGGAAUGAAAGGGACUUCCCUACAGACUGAGCACGAGUGGCUGAAGCACUCCUGUCUAUUGUGCUGGUAAUACACAUCUAAAAAAAAAAAAAAAAGUACUGCAAAAUAAAAUGAAUUAAGGCAGUUUGGUGUGACAUUGUUUUGGCCGCAUGGAUAUUUGGAGAAUGAUCUGCAUUUUGAAAUUAUUUGACUAUUACAGAUCUGUUAAUGUCGUUUUUUACUGGCAUGCUAAGCAGGCACCAUUGACUCGCGCUAGUUUAGCCACCCCGGAGCCCUGAAAGUAACAAAUAACUGACAAACUGUACAAAAUUUGUUGAAAUAACACCUAAUUAAACACCUGCUAACUCAACGAUUAAGCCUUAUGUCAAAACAUUCUGAAAUUCCCCUUUUUAAUAAAGACUCUGCUGUUAAAAUCUUGUCUAUAAAGGUUGUAAAGCAAUAAAACGACAAAAAUGAAUCUUGCACCUUAGAGAGACAGUCCUUUGCUUUGCUUAGACAAAACUACACCUGAGGAGGCAAGAUGGAGAUUUAGAAUAUCUUUAAACCUCAGCUUUCUAACGCUUCAACACCAACUGAGCUUGAACCGAGGGUUGUACGCAAACAGUCUCAAGAUAUAUAUAGAUUUUAAGUUAAUUUUAUUGCUGACACUGCGUUUCGGGUCAUGAUGUUUUGCUUCCCUCCCCAAAGUCAAACUCCGCCUAUGGUCACUGGCUGAUUUUUUAUUAUUAUUAUUUUUUUAAAGACUGCUUAAAUCCUGUGGAAAGACAUUGGAGUGUAACUGUUUUUAUGCUGCAUUGUUAUACCUGAGAAAUGUUAGCAACCCUUCUAGCAACCCGUUUUUAUUUGGAGAAGAGGCACAGAUGGCGAGCUUUAUUGCGUUUAGGAAACUAAUUUUUACAUUUUUAUUCUCACACAACUUGUUUGUUUAGGGUUAAACACCGCAACACUCCGACCAAGGGUUGAACGACCAAGCCUCUCUCUAAAAUAGUGGUUCUCAACCUUGCUAUAAGUACCGAACCCCAAAAGUUUCACAUGUGGAUCCAUCGAACCAUUUGGGACUUAAAGGAUCCCCCCCCCCCCCAAAUUCAAAGCUGAUGCAGCUAAGCUCGCAAGCUAAUAUCUACAGUAAGUGGAUUUCCAUUCAAAUUUACUACAAAUCAUUUAGCCUUUCGCUGUUUUCACUUUGGAAAAUGAAACUCGUUUGACUUUUUUUUUUUUUUUUUUUUCAAUUUUCAUGUCUAGAUUCUCAUUUUACUGUCGCAUACUUGCAUCACAUACUUUUUUUUUUUUUUUUGGGCGGAAAAUGAUGCAAAUGUUUUAUUAUCUGCACAGUCCACGUAGGUCAACCUUCCACCGAGCAAACUACCGUAAUUUUCGGACUAUAAGCCGCUACUUUUUUCCUUCAUUUUGAUACCUUUGGCUUAUAGUCCAGUGCGGCUUAUUUGUUGAUUUUUUUAGGUAACACUUUAUUUGACAGCAGUGUCAUAAGACUGUCAUAAGAUAAUCAAAGUUAUGACAUGACACUAUCAUGGACAUUACUGAAUGCUUAUGUCAUUAAGUGUCAUUUGGCAAAUUAUGUCACUAAAUUUUUGUCCAUUUUGGAUCUUUUGCAUCCAUUCAAAAGUGAGAUCAUUUGCGGGAUAACACUUAAUGACACUUUUAUAAGCAUUCAUGAAGGCUCAGGACAGAGACAUGUCAUAAUUAUGAUUGUGUAAUGACAGUCUUAUGGCACCACUGUCAAAUUAAGUGUUAGCAAAUACCAUAACUAGUAAUUGAUGAAACAAUUGGAACAGUAACUGAAGAAAUAUUUAGCACAGAACAUGAUUUUUGAUUGUUAUUUACAUCUGUAGCACUGCAAUGCAUGCUAAGAGGCAUGUUGGAUAACAGUCAACAGCAGGUGGCAGCAGAGGUUGACUGUCUCCCCCAAGGGAGCAGUGAUGGCCAAAUGAAGCUUCUUGAAGCAAUAAAGCUUUGCAGUAAUUGGUUCAAAGUUUAAUGAUGGUUCAUUUGGUCUUAUGACAAAUAAGGUUGUACCGGUUAAUAUUUUUUGGUGUAAAUAUCCCAUGAUACAGUGAGGACAGCUGCGGCUUAUAGUCCAGUGCGGCUUAUCUAUGAACAAAUGCCUUUUUCGUGCCAAAUUUGGUGGGCUGCGGCUUAUAGUCAGGUGCGCCUUAUAGUGCGAAAAUUAGGGUAGUUUCCCCAUUUAUUAGAGGGCUAGCAGUUGAUAAAAAAUGGAAUAAAGCCUGUAAAUUGAGGGGGAAAACAGUCCGAAACCUAGUCUAAAAUUUUGUCAGCGCCUUAGGGCCUUGUAUAUCUUCACAUAAUCACUGAACCCCUGGGGUUCAAUUGAACCCAGGUUAAAAACCACUGCUCUAAAACCACUAAGAUUUUGUGCCCUCUGCUGCGCUUACAUUCACAACCUAGCAAAAAUGAUUCUUCAUGUGUAACCACUCACAAUGGGAUGUUUUGAUUUGGCAAGCAGCAAUGCAGCCCUCAGUCUGUUUGAAGCAAGACCAGCAAGUCCAAGUCUCAGAGGGCGGGGUACUUACAAAUUAUUAAAACCAGAGGUGAUUUGAGGCGGUUUCCUUUGUUAGAAAAAGUAGAAGUCCUGGGUGACUUUUUGGGGCGGUGCCCCAUGUUAAGCUCAAAGUGUUCUUAAAUCUGACGAACUGUGUACAACUCUUCUUUGGGUGAUUGUACUAGAGGACAGGGCAACCAAGGUGGCACAAGAUAAAGUUGGCAAACUUAACCUUUUUCAAACAUAUGACCGUUUCAUGAGCAGAGGUGGGUAAUAAAGCGUUACAUUUACUUGAGUAUCUCUUGAGAAAAUGUACUACUAAGAAUAGUUUUAGAGUUCGAAACGCUACUCUUACUCUGCUAGUUUGGGCUAUGCUAGAAUCGUUCCUUUUUCUAUUUUUUUCUCCAUUAGACUUUAUUUUUGCCAAAGACGCGCACUGGGUGGUUUCUCAAUCAGUCCAAAUCAGGCUCAGGUGCCAACAAUCAAUCAGUCCACUAAAACCAUGCAAUAUCAAAUUUAAAAACACAAAAUCAAACACAUAAAAAUCAGCUAAAAAUCACAGUUCAGUUCUAAGUAAAAUCACUAAAACGAAUUGGCAGCUAAGAUCAGGGUACAUUUUGACAUGCUAGUUUAAGUACAUUAACUUGUCAAAGUUUUUGAGUAUAAAACAUAAACCGAAUUUCUCCAUGCACAAAUAAAACAAAAGUCCAUUCAAAUAAAAAAAAAGUGCUGCUGAUUAACAUUUUUAUUUUGUGCGCUGAUAUAAAUUGUGUCAACGACUCAUCCAAUUUUAAAGCAUUCUCUCUUGUAUGCCAAUUUACAGUUUGAAUGGGAGUUUGUGUAGAAAGCUGUUAGACGAAUGGGUUUAUGUAUGUGUGGUUUCUUCAUAAAAAGAUAUAAGUUUACUAUGUAACAAUAACUCAAUAGCUAAUAUGCUUGUCCUCAAAACACAAUACAGACAGACACUUAAGACACUGAUUAGCAUCAUCGAAUACUUGAGUAAUAUUUUGAAGUAGCGCUACUCGAGUAGGGCUGCAGCUAUCGAUUAUUUUAGUCGUCGAUUAAUCGAUAAACUAGCUCAAGUAAUUGGAUAAAGAACAAAAAAUUAAAAUACCUGAGCUGACCCUCAAACGGUAUAAUAACGGUAUAAAAAUAAAUGAUCUAAAUACAACAAAAGAACAAUUGGCUAACUUGCAUAGCAAAAGUCCACUCGCUUGAAUGCUAUAUAACUCUAACGUUUUUUAAUGACUCAACAAAUCGGUCAAACACAUUCCCACAAAAAACAGCUCAUUAUACCUAUAAACUUUAUUAGGAACCCAUUAAAAACUAACUCAAACAAAAACUUAGCUUAUGUUGGUCUUAACAAGGAACAGCUGGAUUCAGCCAUGUGAAAUGACUUAUGGCAUAUUCACUGUCGCCACUUGAGGGCAGUGUAUCCCCUCCAAAUCAAUAAAACUAAAUGCAAACACGUUCAAAACAAACCCUUACAGCGCCACUUUAAUGAAAUAAUCGAAGCAGCAAAAUUUAAUUCGAAUCAUUUUUCUAAUCGAAUUACUCGAGUUAAUUGAUUCAUCGUUGCAGCACUACUCUUGAGUAACAUUUUUGACCAAUCUACCCACUUCUGUCCAUGAGUACCAGUCUGAGCGACCGUUCCGUUUUUAUUUAGUAUGCAAAAGUCUGAGGCAGUUAGACAGUUGUCCAAAUUUUGAAGGGACAAGAUUGUUUUGGAUCUACUCAGGCAAAGGCCUUGCAUGGUGCAUACCCAAAGCGCCGCCAGUCGGAAGUUUUCGGGGAAGUGUCUUUGCCUACACAAUCUUAUUGAACCUCUAACUGUGAUUUAUGAUGCUUGACUGUUUCAGUCAUUUAUUUUAAUUCCCAAAUUCUGGGUGACACGAUAAAACCACUAAAGUUUUUGAGGCUAAUGCCUUUUUGUGUACUUGUGAAACAUGAGCAACCCACCAACUGUGAUUUCUAAUGUGCGACUGUUCCACUGGUAUUGCUCUAAAGGGGAAGUUCAGAAUUUUUGACAUGAGGCUUAAUCUUUGAGUUAGCGAGGGUUUAAUGCAGUGCAGUUUGUUAGUUUCAAUGCAAAGUAGCUAAGCUAGUGCGAGUGAAUGAUCUUGUCCUAGCAUGGCAAUAAAAAACAACAUAUGCACGCAUGAAAAUUACCGAUGACCCAUGCAAUCAAUAGUGUUGGCUAUGUUUUCAGGAUAAAGUUAUUAAAACUAACCAUAGUGUGUCAAUAACUGUAGUAUGAACGGCAAAAUUUGUAAUCCAGCAGCUUUGCAGGGAACAAGCUGCAGAGCUGAGGGAUAUUUUUUCCAGCAAGUAACCACAGUUUAUAUUGUUCCUCGUUUUUCAAAGGAAAUUUUUAUAAACUUUCAUCUGCCCAUUUCCCCAUGUUGACAUUUUUUAGUCAAGACUCGGUGGACUGAUGCUGCAUUCAGUGAAUGUGCAAAGUCAGAGUUUUCCAACCUCCGACCAGGAAAAAUAUCUUUGUAACGCCACUAGAACUGGGAGGCCCCGGUCGCCAAGUCGUACCCCGACUUCACGAGUUGCUUCAAUCCGACGUCACUCGACAAAAUAGCGCUGCCAGUCAAAAAUUACACCGUCAGUAGUAAAACUAAAACAGGCAAUUUACUGUGUGUGCUAUUUACUCGUUUUUCCUCCCCUACAGUAUUCGAUCGCUUACGAGAAGGCAGGUUUGCUGGAGGACAAAAUGUUCUUUGAUGGCCAUAAUAAAAAACAAUAGGUCGCUUGUGCAGCCAUCUUGCGGUUUACAUUCACUCGGAACACUUUGAGGUAGAAACUGUGACAAUCCGAGUCGGAUAAGUCUGACUUCCCGCCUUCCUCGAAUGCAGCAUGAGCACGAGUGGCCGAAUAACUCCUCUCUAUUGUGGUUGCAUUACGCAUCUAAAAUGAAUGAAUAAAUUCUGGCAAUUUGGUGGGACAUUGUUUUGGCCGCAUAGGUGUUUUGAACAAUAAUCUGCAUUUUGAAUUCAUUUGACUAUGUUAGAUCUGUUAACAGUGUUCGGGAAGUGAAUUUUCUACACGAACUAGUUCUAAUUGCAGUUCACAAAUUUUAAAAUGAACUGUUUUGGUCAUAGUUCGUAAUCCAAAAUUUUGAACUGAAGUUUAUGGUUAAAACAAAAAUAACUUUUCUAGUUCUUCCCCCCAGAGUCGAUAAAGACUCACAAUUAUUUUGUCCACCUUAGCACUGAAAGUGUCAGAUUCAUCUUCAUAUUCAAUUUCAAGACCGCGUUGGUACUGACCAGUUCGUAAAACUCACUUAAAUGUUGGUACUGGGCUGGUAUUCUGUCAAACUUUGUGGCUGUACACACGAGUUUGGAAUCGCUGCAUUCGUGGCCGUUUGGAACCUAAGUAAACACCAAAAACUUUCUACAAAGAGAGUAAUAUGUUCUUAUGUUUGGUCGUGGACGCACACGAAGGAAAGUUUUCCUCACACACAUCCUACCAUCCUGUACUCAACUCGACUGCACACCGCUCUCUCGCUGUUAACGUCUUCAUGUCGUUAAGCAUUUGUUUACGUCGUCUUCAUGUUGUACAUUAUGUAACUUGUUUAUUUAGCACCUUUGGAUAAUAUUGAUGGUCCAACUGAAUGUAAAAGAAUGCUUAUUCGCCAUGUAAAAGCUUCAGGAGCAAAAUCUGCUGUAUUUGCUACACCAACACAGACGUGACAGGUACCUUGGGUUGCCAGGUUGGAUAGUUUUUUGUGAGUAAGGUUUUUUUUUUUUAUAGUGCGUUUUUAACCUAUGGCUUUAUCUGCAGUUUUGUCAGAAAGGCUCUAAUUCUGAACUCAUGAACGGCGCUCACAACCGCUAGAAUCAGUUCACAGUAAUGUUCAUGAGAGAAAUAUGAUGGGUUCAAUUCACGUUCGCCCAAAAUAUCAAUGUGUUCAUGAACUAUCAUUCAUACAAAACACUGUGUUAAUAUUGUUUUUUUUAUUGGCAUGCUAAGACAGGACAAUUGACUCGCGCUAGUUUAGCCAUGCCGGAGCCCUUAAACGAAUAACAAACUGCAGCGACUAAUUAAACCCCAGCUAACUCAAAGAUUCAGCCUAAUGUCAAAAAUUCUGAACUUCCGCUUUAAGUGACCAGUUUUAGCACUCCAACUUUAUGAGCAUGGUAUACAAGUGUAGCAAGUUUUUUUUUUUUUAAUGAAGGUAUGCAGGACACUGAGAAUAGAGAAGUCAUGGGACCCACAAGGUAGCUCUUUACAGAAAAAAAAAAAAGCCCGGCUAGAUUUCAGAACUGCUAAUCCAUGGAGGCACAAGGAAGGCAAGACAACUUUCUGGAGGUACAAGAUUCUUUUGGACCUGUUUCUCCCAGUCUCGCUGAAACUAAAAUAGACUUGGGACUGUUCACUAGGAGGUUAUCCUGGACGCAUCUUCAUGGGAGAAAAUGUAAGACCCCAGAUUUCAGAGUGCUUCUUGGGAGGCUGAAAAAAAAAUCACUCUUGUGAGGAAAGUCUUCCGGAGCGCCUCCUUUUUUGUUUUUCGCGGUGAGGCGGACCUGCCAAUACCCCUUGUAUUCUGUGGAAGGACUGCAUAUCAUUUUAGCUGUUUUAUGCUGCAAAAGCAACCCUCUCCAAACUGUGAUUUCUAUUAUGUGACUGCUCUGCUGUGUAUGUUUAAAAAAAAAAAAAAAGUGGUACCUUGACUUAUGAUGGCCUGAACCUUCAAGGUUUGCUAUUAACGAGCAUUUGCGUUGCCAUUUUUUUUGUUUUGCUUUGUGUUACUAGUCAAAAUUUGUGUAAUGGGCAAGCAAUUACCGCAAGUAGGGACGAAUUGAUCAAUCAAGGUACUGUAAUGCCUUAUUACACGUGGGCGAUAAGAGCUACCAUUUAUUGACCAAUUAAAACCCACUAACUUGUAAGGCAAGGUACCACUAUUUCGCACCGCAAAGCCUUACUAGCAGUUACUAUAUGGGAGCGCCUUUGCAGCUGCACAGUACCUCGGGAAGAAAAAUAAAACACAUUUGAUUCGUUCUUAAGCUAUUUUUAACCCUUCUCUUUCUAUGCAUGUCACCGUGGACCCGAAGGGAUUGUUUUGUUCCUCACAGUAGCUCUGUGAAUUUUUUUCCCAUUGGCGUUUUUGCAACCGCUUUUUCUCACAAGUGCUAUCUUCUGAUUGUAAAACACAAUCCAAUAGUUUGAGAUCAAUGUUUUUAUCCUGAUUGUUUGGAAAAUGCUUGAGUUCAAAUACAUUAUUUGAGAAAUGUGACAUGGAGAAAACCUUUUCUUUGCUCUCACAACUCGUUCUUUUAUUUGGAAUUACAAGAAUAAUUUAAUACAAAAAAUCUACAUGGUUUUGUUUUUACAUGUUCUUGCUCUUACGAAAACAAUGUAGCACGCACAAUGCAAAGUGGUUUCCAUAAAUACACAAACCAGGAACAUUGCACGUGGCCCUAGUUGAACUGGAAACGUAACAUACAUUAGUAUAGAACUGUAAUAUUUCCGUCAGAAUUGGUAGGGGCUUACAUAUUCCAGGACUAAAUAUUGUAGUGUAACAAUGGAUCAGUUUGUUUUGGCUUGUAUAUGAUGGUCUGGUAGAGUAAAGCCCCUUUCAGACAUACACUGAGCUCCGGUUAAAUCUGGAAGGUAGCCCUUAUGUCUGAAAGCAAUUUCCCAGGUCGACUGACACGGACAUUAACCGGUGUUCUGCCAAAAUAUUCUACACUGCGAAACAUGCUACCAAUGCCCAGUGCGCUUGAGCACGUAUGCACACAGCAGUUAAAAGCAGCGAGUACUUAUUAUUUUCGUUUUGAGUUUUUUACCUUUCCAUUGCCUCAAAAUAAUUUGGGCAUGUUAUCCUGUGAUAGCUUUUAAGCAGAGGGUUUAUCUGUUGACAACAUUGAUAAAUAGUGUAUAUACAGUGAUAUGAAAAAGUAUCUGAACCUUUUGGAAUUUCUCACAUUUCUGCAUUAAAUCACCAUCAAAUGUGAUCUGAUCUUUGUCUAAAUCACACAGAUGAAAAUACAGUGUCUGCCUUUACUAAAACCGUCUAAACAUUUAUAGGUUUUCAUAUCUUAAUUAUAGCAUGCAAACAAUGACAGAAGGGGGAAAAAUAAGUGAACCAUCACAUUUCAUAUUUUGUGUCCCCCACACUGCCUAAGGAGACUUAAGGAGCAAUUGAAACCAAUUUUUAUCAAAGAUUUUAAUUCAGGUGUGUGACCAAUCACUGAUGAGUGGUUUAAAGCUGCCCUGCCCACUACAAAACACACACCUGGUAAGAAAUGUCUUAAUAAGAAGCAUUGUCUGAUGUGCGUCAUGGCUCGGUCAAAAGAGCUGUCUGAAGACUGUGAUCAAGGAUUGUUGAAUUGUAUAAGGCUGGGAAAGGAUAGAGAAGGAUAGAGAAAAAGUCAGGAUAUUCAUCAAUCGACAGUCAGAGAAGUUGUCUACAAAUGGAGAGAGUUUAGCACGGUUGCUUUUCUCCCAAGGAGGGGCCAUCCACCAAAGAUGAUGCCAAGAGUUUAGCGCAGAAUAUUCAGAGAGGUUAAAAAAAAAAAAAAAAAAACCCCAAGAGUGUCUGCUAAAGACUUACAGAAAUCACUGGCACAUUCCAAUAUCUCUGUGCACACAUCAACUAUAUGUAAAACUAUGGCCAAGAAUGGUGUUAAUGGGAGAACUCCUCGGAGGAAGCCACGAGUCUAAAAAAAACAGUUAAAGCAGACAAUUUUUUCAUCUGUGUGAUUUUGACAAAGAUUACAUUUGAUGUUGAUUUUAUGCAUAAAUGUGAGAAAUUCCACUGUAUAGUGUAUUUAAACCACACUCAUUUGAUAAUACAGGUCAUUGCCGGGUAACGAACGAGUUCUAUUCCUACCCUGGCGAUGUAACUCUGAUUUCCGCGUAAAUCGGAAUGAACCCUUUCAGUACCUGACUCUCAAAAUGAAAGUAAUCCCUCAUUUUUCACGGUUAAUGGGGACCAGAACCAGCCGCGAUACUGUAAGUGAAAAACCGCAAAGUAGCGCCCCACCCCCCUCAAUUUUUUUUUUGUGUUCCAAUUUAUUUACUCUGAUUUAGCAUUGGAAAACAUAUAAGACCCGUUUUUUCACUUUUUUUCCCCAACCUAUAAUUGAAAAUAAAAAACAACAACUUGUAUAUAUUUUAAAUACAUGGUUUUUAAGCACUUCAAAUGUAAUAAAUACAAGUUUUAACAUGUUACUGUCCCACCAAAUUAUUUUCAAAGAAGAAUAAAGUAGAAAAAAGGCUUGUCUUUGUUACAUGCUUCAUUGAGUGAGUCAACUCAAAUCCGCUCAACCUGCUCACUUACACACAAUGAGUUGCCACAGAAACUGUUUAACAAGUUAAGCGAUGAUUUACGCAUGCGGUGCUUUGAAGUUCUGCUUCGAAACAUCUCUGGCAAGAUCCAACCUUCAUGUCUGUCAAUCAUUAUUAACUUUAAUAAGCAACUCCAUUGCACUGCCUGACCAGACUACGUGAUCAGAUCGGGACCGCUCAUCUGUAUUUAUAUUUAAUUUUUAAUUGAAAAAAAAUCAGCGAUGGACUGAAGGAGCGAAGUAUUGAGGGCUCACUCUACUUUCCAAAAAGUCCAAAAGGAUUGUAUUUUGUUUAAUGAGGGAGGAUACACUGCGCUCUGGUGGCAGCGUUGGGUCUAACUGGACAGUCGCCUUGCAGAUUCAUCUGACAUGGAUAAAGCACAGCUGCGCUCAAUAAUGCUGUAAAUUGUUUCAGCUAAUAUCUGUGUAUGCAUUUGUAAUUAAGUUUUGAGCAACAGUUUGUGUGGUCGAUUUGCUGUGAGAAUUGUAAAUACGUCAGCAUUCAAAGCAUUUAAGCUAACGGACUUUUGUUAGGCAAAUUAGGCUAAUUUAAUCAAAAUUUAUAAAUUGAUCAGACUAGAUGGACGUUUGAACAUCAAUUGUUUUGUGUCAAGUGUUUAAUUGUAAAAAUGCGUGUUGUUUUGAACAUUAGUGUGCAUAUUUGUGUACAGCUUUAAGCUUCAAAAACCACAACAACUGCCUUGUUUGCGGUCCGUCAAGCUAAUAACUUCACGUUCAGUGAGGACAGAACCAGUCAAUAUUAAUAAAGUAAUAAGGGACUGUUUACGCGACAAAAAAAGUGAGACAAAAUGAGGACGAGACUCUGGCGUCGUAAAGUCGAAAUCAUGUAAGCAAGUACGCCGUAACCUGGGGACUACCUGUAUUAUGUUUAGGUAUUUUCUUGAGGCAUUUUUUAGUACGUUCUUCCUGUAUGCAUCUAAACAAAACAAGCUGAAAGCGCACGGUAGUACUUAGGGUGUCAAAUUUGCCAUUGGUAGAUGUUUCGCCGGUGUAGAUAUUUUGGCAGAACACCGGGUCGCGUCCUAGUAUAAUGUCCGGGAUUUACCCGGGAUGCGGCAUGUGUGAAAGCCGCUGUUUAAUUCCCGGGUCACAGUGCAAGGGCUGACGAUAAUAUUGUGAUUAAUAUCAUGGUGGGCCGAUUGUCAUUUCCUCUUUCUUCGCAGUAAGACGAAAAGUGGUGAACAAAUAUCAACAUGGCAAACUGGAAAGAUAGAAAAAUUCAACUGAAAACAUAGCAAAUUUGAAUUGCUACUGGAUCUUGGAGCCAUGGCAGCCGCUCCCUCUUGGCUCCGAUCUCAGAUCAGACGAGACGACCCGCUAAAUUUAAGCAUUUUACUAAGCGAAAGAAAAGAAACUAACCAUGAUUCCUCAAAAGUGAUGGGACCAGGGACAGUUGCAAUGUGGAAAAUUUGUCUGUGAUAAUUCUAUCUUUGCCAGAGGAACAUCUUAUUGGGUUGCUUGACUUGCAUCAACUUGAUGCUUCCAUCUUUGGAAAUGUGUGGUUUAUUUUAUUGCCAAUGGAGACUAAAAAUGCCGUAAUGUCCGGGUUAUAAAGUCCUGACCCCCACAUAGAGUCGCCAACAAGCGACAAGUCUGAAUGUGUCCAACCCUGGGAAAUUCCCAGUACAUUUCCCCAUGUCUGAAAGCCAUGACACUGGAAUUUAGUGGGAUAUAAAACUGAAAGGGGCUUAAUACUACUGUUACUAGAACAGAGUACGCUACAUUUGGAGGAGAUAGGCUCUUAGAGUAUUUAGUUUCCUAUUGGAAUCGAGGCAAGUCUGUAGUCCAGCAGUAUCGUCUAGUGAUGGGCCACAUUUUCACAAACUCAGUCCAAUCAAAUUUACACUGAAUGGUGAUCACCUGGACCAUCUAUGUAAAAUUGAACCAAAUACUGUAUUGUAUCAGUAAGAAGUAGAAUAAUCUAUUCAAAACAUAUCAGCAUGAGCCUUGCUCAUUUAUGGACUACCUCCACUCAGUGCUAUAAUAGUUUACCAUAGUUUGGUUUAGACUACAAUGGGAUAGUCUCAAUUUAACCUUUUUUGGUGGUGGUGGUGGUGGGGGUCGUCCUAAAGCCAUUAGUUGCAAAUUUCCCAGAUUUAGCACUGGGCUUCUUUUUCACAUAAACAGACCUCUAAAGCGAUCCUACACUUUCUAACAUAAACAUCGAACCUCCAGCUAGUUCCUAAGCUUACAAAAAUAAUACUAACAAAAUGCUAUCAUUCAAUGUCGUGCUUUGCUGUUUCCAUUAACUUAGUCCAGUGUUAGCGCCUCGCUACUUCAGUCUUUUCUUUUUUGUUGUUGCUGGCAAGACGUUCAGAAUUGGCUUCCACAAUUUAAAAGCAAACACAGAAAAAUGCUAACUUGCUAGCAUCAUAGUCAUGUAUAAACAGCAGCAACAAUUUUUGAGUUGGUGUCCUCAAUCACCAUACAUAGAAGUUGCAGAGCGCGACGUGCUGAUAGGCUCAGAUGACGAAAUGGCUUUCGUCUCCUGGCCCGAACCAGAGCCCUCGGCAACAGCAUCGCAUUCUGGAGGGGGGGACAGAGCGUCUGUUAAGAAAUUACACGGAGUCAGAUCAGUCUAUUAUGGUAAUGUUAUAAUGACAAUAAAGGCUGUUCUAUUCGAAAGUUUCCGUCCACAACAGAGUAGGCUAAUUAAAUUUAGACAAGAAUGCAUUCUAACCCAGACAAGAAUGGGACGGUCUUGUUGUGUAAGGCAAAAUGAAGUCUAUUCAAGUUUAGUAAAGGUACAUUUUGGCACAAUAUUUGUCACAUAGUUUCUACAGGUAUCAGCAAAUCUCAUUUAAUGCUUUUUAAUGCCACUUUAAACUAAUUUAAAAAACAAUGAAUAUUUUUGAUCAUUGAAAAUACAGUGGGGCAAAUACGUAUUUAGUCAACUACCAAUUGUGCAAGUUCUCCUUAUUGAAAAGAUUACAGAGGCCUGUAAUUGUCAACAUGGGUAAACCUCAACCAUGAGAGAUAGAAUGAGGAAAAAAACAGAAAAUCACAUUGUUUGAUUUUCAAAGAAUUUAUUUCCAAAUUAGAGUGGAAAAUAACUAUUUGGUCACCUACAAAUAAGCAAGAUUUCUGGCUGUCAAAGAGGUCUAACUUCUUCUAACGAGGUCUAACGAGGCUCCACUCGUUACCUGUAUUAAUGGUACCUGUUUUAACUCAUUAUCGGUAUAAAAGAUACCUGUCCACAACCUCAGUCAGUCACACUCCAAACUUCACAAUGGCAAAGAUCAAAGAGCUGUCGAAGGACACCAGAGACAAAAUUGUAGACCUGCAGCAGGCUGGGAAGACUGAAUCUGCAAGAGGUAAAACGCUUGGUGUAAAGAAAUCAACUGUGGCAAUUAUUAGAAAAUGGAAGACAUACAAGACCACUGAUAAUCUCCCUCAAUCUGGGGCUACAUGCAAGAUCUCACCCCAUGGCGUCAAAAUGAUAAGAACGGUGAGCAAAAAUCCCAGAACCACACGGCGGGACCGAGUGAAUGACCUACAGAGAGCUGGGACCACAGUAACAGAGGCUACUAUCAGUAACACAAUGCGCCGCCAAGGACUCAAAUCCUGCACUGCCAGACGUGUCCCCCUGCUGAAGCCAGUACACGUCCAGGCCCGUUUGGAAGAAACACAGGUUCUCGUGUUUGGAGGAGAAAGAAUACUGAAUUGCAUCCGAAGAACAGCAUACCCACUGUGAAGCAUGGGGGUGGAAACAUCAUGCUUUGGGGCUGUUUUUCUGCAAAGGGACCAGGACGACUGAUCUGUGUAAAGGAAAAAAUGAAUAGGGCCAUAUAUCGAGAGAUUUUGAGUGAAAAUCUCAUUCCAUCAGCAAGGUCAUUGAAGAUGAGACGUGGCUGGGUAUUUCAAUAUGACAAUGAUCCCAAACACACAGCCAGGGUAACAAAGGAGUGGCUUCGUAAGAAGCAUUUCAAGGUCCUGGAGUGGCCAAGCAAGUCUCCAGAUCUCAACCCCAUAGAAAAUCUGUGGAGAGAGUUGAAAGCCCGUGUUUCCCAACGACAGCCCCAAAACAUCACUGCUCUAGAGAAGAUCUGCAUGGAGGAAUGGGCCAAAAUACUAGCAACAGUGUGUGAAAAGCUUUUGAAGAGUUACAGAAAACGUUUGGCCUCCGUUAUUGCCAACAAAGGGUACAAAACAAAGUAUUGAGAUAAACGUUUGGUAUUGACCAAAUACUUAUUUUCUUUUGGGGGAUCUUCAAGUAGAAGGUGGAGGUGCGCAAAUUUCACUAAAAUCUCACAAUACAUGGGCCUGGUCAUCCUCUCCUUAAUACAGUGCAAUCAUUCAGUCCUAUGUGCAAAAAAAAAAAAAAAAAAACCCAAGCCUG